ACACAUUAUAUGAAUCUUCUCUCCAACGAUCGAAACCAUAACACAACACAUCAAUCAUCCUCACACAGUUACUAGCUAUUACGUACGCACCAAUGUCUACUGAAACUCCAUCACCGUCAAUCUCCUCUGUCGAUCCCUACAAACAUCUCGAAAUCACGCUUAACCCCAAUGGCUCGCUCACCCGCAACUUUAACCGGUUUCCCGAUGCACCAGCGGCACCCGAUCCCAGCCUCCCGAACACGGUCCUUUCCAAGGACAUCCCCAUCAACCCAUCGAAGGGGACGGGGAUGAGACUCUUUCUGCCCCGGUGUGCAUUGGGUAGCCCCAGUAGCAAGAAGCUGCCCCUCGUGGUCUACUUCCACGGUGGGGGUUUCAUCCUUUGCGGCCCUAGGAACAAUCUGUUCCACGAGUUCUGCUUGGAUAUCGCAGGGGAGCUCCCUGCAGUUGUUGCAUCGGUGGGAUACCGACUCGCACCUGAGCAUCGCCUCCCUGCAGCGUAUGAUGAUGCUGUGGAGGCAUUGCACAUCAUCGCAGCCAGCUCCGAAGAGUGGUUAGUACAGUAUGCUGACCUUAAUACAUGUUACUUAAUAGGCAGCAGCGCUGGGGCAAACCUGGCCUAUCACGUGGGGCUAAGAUUGGCAGAGUCCCAUGAUAGCCUGGCACCGUUGAGCAUCCGUGGGCUGAUACUUCACCAGCCGUUCUUCGGCGGGACCAAGAGAACCGAGUCCGAGCUGAGAGAAGUGAACAAUCCUAUGUUCCCUCUAGGAGUCAUUGAUCUGAUUUGGGAGCUUGCGCUAUCUGCCAGCGCCAACCGGGAUCACGAGUAUUGCAACCCAACGGUGAAUGGCGGCUCCAAGGUGCUUGAUAAGAUCAGGACCCUUGGCUGGAGGUACCUUGUGACCGGGUGCCGUGGCGACCCACUUGUUGAUCGGCAGGUGGAGGCGGCGAGACUGUUGGAAAAGAAGGGAUUGACGGUUGAGAGUCAUUUUGACGACGGAGGGUUUCAUGGGGUUGAAUUUUCCGACAUUUUCAGGAAGAAGGCUCUGUUUUUCCUCGUAAAGAAUUUCGUAUCCACAGUUUCCAAUUAGUGCAUAGUUCAGUCAAUACAUAUAAUAUUACAUCAUCACAUAAUCAAUAAAGAGUUCCUUUAAAAUGAAUCACAUUAUCAAAGAUGAUUAGUGCAGUGGCCCACAUCUUUACAUAGUAACUAAUAGGUUCUAGUUUCGAUGCUUAUUGUAUAACUAUCUGUACCCUCUAUUAGUUAUUUAAGAUUUCAAUUUCAUUGCACUAACCACGAAUCUUUCUUUAACCGAAAAAGUUAAAUCAUAUUCUUGCUAGAGCUUGCAACUACAUACGUACGUGUAUGUUGUAGAAGUAUUUCAUUUGUAUAACAUAUAUAACAUUUCAUUGUAAGUGGAACAAUGCCCCUUUAUAUUCCUUUA